GAAAGAGAGGAGCAUCAGACUCUGGGUCCUGAAGCUGAAGGCGAGCGCCAAGCAAGGCGAUCCCGGGCUGCUUCUGGGGGGGAUCCAGCAUGUUCCAGUGGAAGAAGACUGUCUACAAAAGUGUCCUCCUCUCCUUUGCAUUGGUGGUUGCGGUAACGGUGUUGCAGCGAGGCAUGACUCCUACGCAAUUCUUUCAAGGCCAGCCACCGAAGGAACUUAUUUCCCAGGAGCCCAUAAAAGCCCAGAAGAGAGACGGGGUCAUCUCUGCCGCCAACAAUUUCUGGAAGAAAGAGAACCCCGUGACCAAGGCUGAGGAAGUGACGGAGAAGCAGCUGACCUCAUGGGACAUCACCACCAUCAACUGCACGGCCAACAUGAAUUUCACCAAAGACGAUUGGUUCAAAGGGCUGGAACCCAACUUCCGGCAAUUCCUCCUCUACCGCCAUUGCCGGUAUUUCCCCAUGCUCAUCAAUCACCCAGAGAAAUGCGGCGAAGACAUCUACCUCCUGAUAGUGGUGAAGUCCAUCAUCACGCAGCAUGACCGCCGGGAGGCCAUCCGCAGGACUUGGGGUCAAGAGAAAGAGCUGGACGGCAAGAAGAUUCGGACUCUCUUUCUUCUGGGCAUUGCUUCCAAAGAAGAGGAGAGGGCCAACUAUCAAAAAUUGCUGGAAUAUGAGAACUACAUCUACAAGGACAUCUUACAGUGGGACUUCUUGGACAGUUUCUUCAACCUCACCCUCAAGGAAGUCCAUUUCCUCAAGUGGUUCAACAUCUACUGUGACAACGUUCGGUAUGUUUUCAAGGGGGACGACGAUGUCUUUGUGAACCCCAACAACAUUGUGGAGUACCUGCAGGACCAGAAGAAAAGCAACCUGUUCGUGGGCGACGUUCUCUUCAAAGCCCGACCGAUCCGCAAGAAGGAGAACAAGUACUACAUUCCCAGCGCCCUGUACAACAAGAGCAACUACCCGGCCUAUGCUGGCGGUGGGGGUUUUGUGAUGGAUGGCCCACUGGCCAAGAAGCUUCACAAAGCCUCGGAGACCCUGGAGCUGUAUCCCAUCGACGAUGUGUUCCUGGGCAUGUGUUUAGAGGUCCUCAAAGUGACGCCCGUGGCACAUGCUGGCUUCAAGACGUUUGGCAUUGUGAAAAACAAGAAUAGCAAGCUGAACAAGGAGCCUUGUUUUUACCAAAGCAUGUUGGUGGUUCAUAAACUCCUCCCGGCAGAGCUGCUGGUCAUGUGGGAUUUGGUCCAUAGUAACUUAACCUGCUCCAGAAAACUUCAGAUCCUUUAGCCCCCCAUCAUCUAGGUCCCAGGAGAAAACUUAAAAGAGAAAGAAAUGGGGUAUUAAAACUCGCGGAACCUUUCUUCCACCAGUGUGGAGGAAGAGAGGAGAAAAACCACGUGGACCAGGGGCAUUGUUGGAGGAGAGAGGCUCUAGAAAGCUGUCUCUGUAUUUUAUUUGUUCCUCUUUGGGUGGGAUUUUGGAAGAAGAGACAAAGAUGGAUGAAAUCGCAAAGGGGCGACUGGCAAGUGUGGGGAACUGGACACUUGGGAGAAGCCAUGAAGAUUUGGCCUCCCAUUUUCUUUACAUGAAGGAAUGGUCACUACAGUGAGCUGGAAGAAGCCGAGCAAAUUGGCCCACUUUUUGUUGUUGUUGCUCUUCUGUGGUGUAUUUUUCAGCUGAGGGCUGGCCCCAAAGCUCAGAUACUUUGUGUGUGUGCAUUUAUUUCCACACGAGUGUGUCUGUGUGUGAGAGAGGUGUUCAGCAGAAACUGAAGCAUGAACACUCGGAGAUUGAGAUCCUGUCUGCUGUUGUGGGGUGUGACAUUCCAUCAGCGCGUUUACAUAAAAGACUUGGAACAACGGAGGUUGUGGCAGUUGUUGUUCCAGGUUGUAAGAUGAUGACCUUUAAGCCGGCAUGUUGUGCUGUAGGAUGAAGGGGAACAGUUUGCAUACACAAGUGUGUAAAAGGUACAGCCACCAGCAUAAUCUGGCCAAAGACUUCACUAUUGUUUUUCUCCCCUUCCUCCAUUGUUGUCUCUGCUCUGUGUGUGUGUGUGUGUGUGUGUGUGUGUGUGUGUGUGUGUGUGUAUUUCUCAUCCUUUGGUUCUCUAGCUCUUUUGGACUUCGACUCCCAGAACCCUCAGCCCAGCAUGUCCAGUAGUGAGGGAUCCUAGGAGUUGAAGUCCAAAACACAGAGGACCAAAGAUGGAGAACUAUGGGUGUAGAGGACCAAAGAUGGAGAACCAUGGGUGUAUAGCACUCUGUAUAGGACAGAUCCCUUUUUUCCAUCCCUUUUUAGCCGAGUUGAUCUCCUUCAUCCAUCCCGCUCUUAGCUGAGCCAGAUUUAUGAUUUCCCUUGUCCUGUCUGCAGACUGAAAUCAUUUUUGUUUUUUAAAUGGACAAUGUAUGUUGUUGUGCCGGACUAUGUUUCUGUUACAUUUUUCUGUAGCAAUGUAACUUUAGCUCCUUUGGGUGAAAGAGAGGGUGGAAAUUGUCAGAAUAGGCCCAAAAUGGUCAGAAUAUACUUCCUCUAAUUGGCUGCUAUUCUAGGUGUUUUGGACAAUGGCUUGCAUAAUCCCCAGACAGCAUGACCUUUGAAGUGGUGGGAGUUGUAGUCCGACACAGCUAGAGGGUGUCAGAUUGGGGAAAUGGCAGUUUCACCUAUGAAUGGCUAUUUAAUUUGAGUUUUGUUGAAUUUUGCCAAAGAAACUGAGAUAAAAAAGGAGAAUAAUUUCAUAUAGAUGCUAUGCCAUCUGUGCCCAGCUUGUGGUCUCUUCUCAUUUUAAUCGCUCGGAUUAAUUGCUUCUCCAUUAGACUGUAGGGGUAGAUUUACUGGUGUCUUUGGGCAUUACUUCUUUAACAGAAAAUUUGGUACUAGAGGCAGAAGUAACAUGGAAAGAAUAGAGUCCUAUAGUACAAGAAACAACAGGCCAACAUGUUUCCGCAGGCUUCUUAUUUAAAACUGACAACAUGCACAAAUGAAAUCAAUCAACCAGGAAAAGCAAGCCUUGCAUAAGGAAACAGAAAAAGUGCUUUGAACCUUCUAGAGAUCUCUUGAAAGCAUCUUCCAAGGUGCCUCCAGAGAUGCCCUUUUCUUUCAGGAGUCUCCACUUUUCUUACAAUCCACUUGGCUGGCUGAAAGAAUAGAUUUAUGGAGGUAGAAUUCAGAGAGACAUAGUGUAGUUGGUCUGCGAUAUCUUGCACUGGAGGAAGUAGACCAAGGGCUGAUCUACACAAUUAAAAUACUCUUCAUUCCAGUCGAAUAGAAUGCAUCCAGCCACACCCGAUUUUCAGGAGGUCAGGCUUUUUGCAGGGAGCCCCUGAAAAACUCCUUAAACUCCACAGAAAAAGGCUUUACAGUUUUUAACCAGAGUCUCUGCAGAAAUCCAUAGCAAUGUGCAUUAUUGCACAUGUGGCUGUCCAUUUCCUUUGCAUGAAUUUGGAUGGCUGCACAUUUUUGGCAGAAAGAGUAUGAAGAGACGCAAAUAAAUGCAAACUUGCAGAGAACAGUGAAGACAUUUAACAGUCAGUGCGAAUGUGCAUCAAUCCAAGCAGUUUGCAUAGCCCCAAGUCUACAAAAGCUUGUGCUGCAACAAUAACUUUUGCUCAGUUAGUCUUAAAGAUGCUACAAGAUCCCUUUGCAAACUACUAGAUUUAUGCUUUUUUAAAACACACUGGGGAUAGGUAACUGGUUAGGCAGGCUUAUGUACUCUUUCCCCUUUGCUCCGUUUUGCUCUUCUUUGCUUUGUGACGGAUUCUGUAGGCAGUUGGUGUUUACCUUACUGUCGCAAGUAGGCACACACACUGCUACAAAAGGAAUGGAUAAAAUAUAGUCGUGAGAACCAGCAUAUAGGUUUGAGCAUUGGACUAUGACUCUGGAGACCAGGGUUCG